AUGACGAGUGGCGAAGCCUACGACAGCCUGCCGGCCUAUAGCCUCUGCCAGUGUCGGCAGCAGUGCUUUGUAGACCCGCGGUGCAGGGCGCUGUCGUACCACCCUGGGCUGGGGCUGUGCUACCGCAGCAGUCAACCCACCCCCAACAUCAACCUCACGGGUGCCGUCUACGAAUAUGAAGUCCAUUCGCUGGUGCCGGGUCUCGAUGGGCUGUUCUACGUCAUGAUGGAUGUGGGCAUGAUGUCGAGGGAUCAUUGUGUACAAAUGUGCUCCAACAUGACCGGCUUUCAUCUUCCCAUCGCCAAAACUCGAGAUUCAAGGAUAUAUUUUUCAAAUUCACAAGUUUUCAUCGGCCUGUCAAAGAAGAAUGCAUCAGAAGACCCAAUGUGGGAUGACGGCACAAAGCUGGACAGGAAAACCUUGGAACUUUCAAAUGAAGAACCCGUACUUAAUAAUGUAGCUGACUGCGGUUACUCUGCUCGUGGUUCUCCUCUUACGGUCUUUGGUUUGUAUCUUGGGAAAAUUGACGACGAGUGUAAUCUCAGUAGGUGUGUUUGCCAAGCGAAAUUUGGCCCUGACAACAACUGA